UUCCCGCUUGUGUCACAAGCUGAAACACGUCACCUGUGGGGCUACUUCUGUCAUAUGUAGGGGGGCAGGUGACACGCACAACAGGUGUUCUGCUCUGCAAGCUGUUCACACACGGAGCAGAGCUGCAGGUGGACCCGGAUUGUCUCACGGUGAUUCCCCCUCCCCGCCUGACCGAGGCCCUGGUUCCAGACUCAGGUGUUUUAGGUCCAGGUUGAUCUCUCAGAGCAGCUCAGGGCUGCUGCUGGGCUCUGAUUGGUCCCCUGCAGGUCUCAGCUUCGCUACGUCACACAUGGUGAAUUUAAAGAGCUUCACUCUGAGGAAGAUCUGGGUGGAGAGUUCCCUGCAGAAGCUCCAGGCUCUGGAGGUGGAGGGGGGGACAUCGCUGGGUUCAUCCCCCGAGGAGAGCCCCCCUCCUCUAGGCAACAAGGAGCAGAAGAGCCCCCGUGGUCGGGCCGAGCUUGGAGGGAAGGAGGUGAAGACGCUGGCGCUCUGUCACGGCGUCCCUGCAGACGAGAACAGCCCGCCAGAGCUGCUGACGUUCCUGGCCAGACCGCCACAGUCACCGCGACACCCGCCGCUAACUGCUAUCCACCCCGGCCAGCAGCCCCUGACCCCCGACGUAGUGCCGCCGGCGAGCCCUCAACACUCCCCCUACUCUCCUCAGAGGAGCAGCCCCGGAGAUGAAGGAGGACACGGCUCAGAUGGAGGUGGAGCUCUCCUCCAGCUGCUGGCGGGAGGCGCCAGCCCCUUGCCCUCCCCCCGCUGCUCCAGCCCGUGUCAGAGGUUCAACUCGGACCCAGACUCCGCCCCGUCGCCACCGUGCAGCCAGCAGUACAUCCUGUGUCGGGGUUGGGGCGACAGGACGCAGGACUCGGAGGGCGAGCGUCCCUCGUCCGUGCCCUUCCUCACCAGACACAUCCAGACCCUGAAGAAGAAGGUCCGCAGGUUUGAGGACCAGUUCGAGCAGGAGAUGAACUACAAGCCUUCACACAACGACAAGUACUCGAACCCGGAGAUGAUCCGAGUGAUGGGCGAACUGGCCAAGGCUCGCAAGCAGCUCAAAGAGCUGAGACUCAGGCAGUCGGUGUUCGAGUCGAAGGAGCAGGAAAACGCAGACGUCUGCAGGUACGGCGCAGGGCAGCAGGGGGCGUCGGAGCACAAACCGGCUCUGGAGGAAACGGUGGAGUCUCUGUUCAGGCGGCUGAGAGAGAAGAGGCAGGCGCUGGGUCUCCCUGACAACAUGAAGGAGAUGACUCAGGCUCAGAUGGUGUUGGAGAAAAUCACUCUGCAGAAAUGUCUGCUGUACUUCGAGAGUCUGCACGGCCGGCCGGGAACGAAGCAGGAGAAGAACCUGGUGAAGCCUCUGUACGACCGAUACCAGAUGAUCAAACACUUGCUGUGUGCCAGCCCCACCAUCAGCACCAUCGAGGAAGAGGAUGGUUCUGAUGAAGACUGCGUGAGUUCGAUGGCCGUCGAUGAGCUUCCUGUCCCGCCGCCUCGCAGAUCGGCCCGACCAGCAGCCGGCGAGGAGGACAGCGACUGGGACAGCGACUCGGCCUUCGUGUCGCCGUUAGACGAGGUGAAAGCCGUCCGCCAGCAAGCUGCUCUCACCACAGCGAACCUGCACGAAGCCUCCAGGUCUCAGCUGCUGGACUGUCUGCGGGAGACCCGGGCCGAGAAGAAGGCGAGGCGGAAAGUCCUGAAGGAGUUCGAGGACGAGUUUUAUCGACAGACCGGGAGAAUCUGCCAAAAAGAGGACCGAACUCCGAUGAAGGAGGAGUACCAGGAGUACAAACAGCUGAAAGCCAAACUGCGCCUGCUGGAAGUCCUCCUCAGCAAACAGGAAGUCGCCAUGUGAGGAAAACCUGAGUUAUACAGAGCCAGCAUCACUUCUCCCAGUCUGGAGGGAAACUCGUGAAACUUCGGUUUCCUCACACGUUGAGCUUUUUCAUAUAAACUGAAUGUGCUCGAGUCCAAGUCAAAGCACUUUACUGUGACGAUAGUGGAGGACGUGUCAAAAGUUCAAAUGAAGCUAAAAAUGUCAAAGUUUGUGUUUGUUAACGAUGUGAAACAAACUCAGAAAAGCAAUAAGAUCAAAAAACAGCAGCUUGACGCUGAAAGACGGCAGAAACCUCCUGAAACGUGCUCAUUGGACACAAACCAGGAGGGCGGAGUUUAUCCGGCGUCACGAAACAAAACAUCAGCUGUUUGUUUAAAGUGACCGCGUUCUUCUUCUUUAUGGUUGUUUUGCAGAAAUUCCACCUGAAAUAUUUCAUAUAUAAAUGAUUUUAUUGAUAUUAGUGCUGAGCUCAGUGAAUUCAACAUGUGUUGAAAUCAAAUAAUGGAAACGACGUCUCUCUGGAGGUUAAAAUCUCGUCGGUAAAUCUUUCAGCGUGUGGUCGCGCCUGAUCACACGUUAGAGCUACAAACUGGAUGUUCGUCCAGAGGUGGAGGCUUCACAGGUAGACCCCACCAGGAGACCCGGAGUCGCUGCUGAACACGACUUCUUUAAUCAUUCAGGUGUUUCUGUUUGUUCUGAUGAGUUUGAGCACUGAAGCUACCAAAACGUGUUCGGGUUAAGUUCACAGAGUUAACCACAGGUGGGGCGCGGCCAUUCUGAAUCUUCUCAUUUCAUUGAUUUAUUUUGUUCUUUCAGUUUCUGAGAUCUGGUGUGUGUUGCCGUGGAGACUGAGGAAAUGAAGCAUAUGCGUCACUUUAUCUGAAGCGGGGCGUUCAGGCGUCAGACUCGUGCCGGUGCAGAUGUAUUUAUGUCAGAGCACUUUAUGCUGAAAAAGGACAUUUAAUUUGUUUCAGGUUGCUGUUGUAGCGACGGGUGGAGUCUGUCACGGUGCAGGCGAUGCAGUAGCUGAAAACUGCUGUGCUCUUUAAUGUCAGAAGAAAACCCACCGUGUGCGUUCGAGAAAACUGUCAGAACAACCGAGUGAAAAGCUUCCUGAUGUUUUGCACGUUACACUCUCAGCAUGUCGGCGGCGUUCCCGGGAUUCAAGGUCAGUAGACGGAGCAGAAUCCAGCCUUUUCCAAACACUUCUCCUGAAACGUGAGAUGUUCCGUGUUUCCCCGACGUCUCUGGUGAAUCGUGUUAAUGUUGUCGUUUGAAGCUUGAAGCCAGCUGAGGUUGAACCUCCCGCUCUGAACACUGAGUGCACGCCCACGUUUGACACACACAGACUCUGCUGUGAUCAUGAACUCUGUCCCGUGUUGUGCAAUCCUGGUUGAAAAACAUCUAUACAGACAAAUACUGAAUAAAUAUUUUUGCUACCAACG